AUGGCGUAUAGGGGUCGACAGAGAGCCUUCUGCUGCACACCAGCCAGCGGCGAGUCUCCGUUUCUUCCUGUCCCGCUGGAGUUUCUCUUCGACAAUCCCCCAGACGCAGACGACCCUGACUUCAAUCUCCAAGUGGAUGAUACUUGGGGGACUGGGGAAACUCAAUCUGACAGCGAGGAUGAGCCAGAUGAUGCCUCCUUCGGGUUCGUGGUCAUCACUGCGCCUGAGGAAGUCCAUGUCAGUUUAGACAAACGAGACGGUUCCCCCUGGGAGUUGAUGGACUGCCCCGACAGCGACAGCGAGGAAGCCCAUACCAUCCGCAUGGUCUGCACCGACUCCAGUGACUCUGCCAAGUGUGACCAUAUCCAUCGGGGAUACGGUGUCCCUGGAACUAUUCUCCAGCUACCUGACCGCUGUGGCCCCGGUCGAUAUGCCGUGGCCAAGGCUUUCGCGCAGUCUAAGAACCAGAAUCUCCCUGGCCAUCUUAGCAAACGUGGCCUUGACGGUAGAUCUGUCUAUGAUCUGACCUUCGACUAUAACUUCCAACGCGUGCCCCGGGAUUUCGGCGAUGCGCAGAUGCGGAUCGAUUUCAGCAACCAGCCUGGCUACUGGGACUCCGUGGUCGACCGGCCUGGUGGGACAGCGGCAGAACGACACACCAGAAAGACCAAGCGCGAUGGAAGCGGAUAUCACCAGAACCGCAAGCGCUGGAUGGAGGACGAGUGGCGCGAUGCCUACCAUCACGGUGGGAUGCAUCGCGAGGAGAUUCAGAAGCGGUGGUUUGGCGAGGACGUGUUCAACUGGCUUGCCGAGCUCAUAUCUGUCGGCGAGGCAGAAGUGACCAAGGAGCUCAAUCAUCAUGUUAACGAGAAGGUCGAGCUGCUCCUGAUAGACCAGCAAUUCGGGCCGUGUCCAGUCGGUCCCGCGCAGGCGCAGGCCAACAUCAAAUCCAGCAUCACCGCGGAAAUCGACGUCGAAACAUCCUUUGGUUUGACAAUCAUAACAUCGCUGCAUGAGGGAAUGGAUCUGAGCAGGUCCUACCUGUAUUUCAGAAACGCCGGCGAAGUGAACGCCAAGUUUGAACUAGACGCCGUCGCCUCGCUGACCUAUUCGACAGGCGAUAUAAAGCUGCUCGGGCUGGACGACUUCCCAGGUGCAACGUUCCGCAUUCCUGGAGUUGUUACUAUCGGUCCUAACCUUGCCGUGUAUGCCUCUGCCGAUGCCUCCCUUGUCGUCGCGGGGCAUCUGGAAGCAGCAGUGACUCUGGCCUCAUGGGAGAUUCAACAAACCUACCCGGAAAACGACGAACACCCUCCUCAAGCCCUCGACCAGCCUGACUGGGAGGCCAAGACCGUUGGGAAGCCCACAUUCGAUGCGUCUGUCAGUGCUAAUGGCGAGAUUGCCAUCCAUCUCAAGCCUACUGUGACAUUCGGCAUUGUGUUCGACGACCGGUGGAAGGUGGAUCGUUGUACGGUAGAUCUCGUGCUGGACGGCUAUGUUAUCGGGCACGCAGAGGCAGAGUGGUCUCUCAACGGCGACAACAGCUGUCCCUUCCGCUACGGCAUUGAUGCUGGAUCCAAUAUCUACGCCCAGCUGGAAGCCCCCGACCUGUUUGGAUGGGGUGGCAGCCACCGCGUCACGCUCGCCUCGGUCCCUCGCAAGCAAAUCACCCCUCCAACAUGCCCUAGUGGCGAUGCUAAGAUCAUUAAACGAUGGAUAGCCGACGAUACCACCAACAGUUCACAAGCGAACAGUCCCUCGCGGGAUGCUGCAUUUCCGGUCAUGCAGAAUAUCCAUGAAAAGCGAGACACGCUUACUUUGGGACCCCUGGUCACAAUCCCCGACAGUUUCCUGAAAUGCCCCGGCGAUGAUAGUGGAUCGUCGAACUGUGUGAUGUGCUCGAUGUAUGGGACAGAUGACAGCGAGAGCGAGAAGAGCAUUUCCCUGUCCGUACGCGAGGACGAGGAUGAUUCAUGUCCUUUCUACCCACCCGGGAACGAUGGGCGGUGCACGGAUCGCAGUCUGUUUGAACGCGCCAACACCGAGGCCAAGACAAUGGAAUUUAGCUUUUUAAAUGGAGGGCAGAAGUUUACAUAUCUGCGGUAUCCCACAUGCAAUGCCGCCAGCGGUGGGCCAGACAAGAUUUCAAAGUGGUUUCUUCCCGAGUUUAUGCUGUCCAAUUCCAAGGAUCCAAACGACCAGACGCGAUGCUCGGCGAAAACGGUGAAGCGAAACGCCGUCAAGGGUGCCAACGGUAAAUACUUAAUUGACGGCCUCGCCGGUCUCCCAGCGGGGAGUUUCCGCUCAGAACACAUAUUUGAGGUGCAUAUCGUCAGCGCGUUUCUAAAAUGGGUAUGUGCAGGCGAGGGCUACACGUACUCACUUCUACCUAACGGCGUGGAAUUCCCUGCUGGGUGGACACGGCCGGACGCCACAUGGUGCUCGAAUGCCUUCGGAGGGCCUAGUGGCGGCAUUCAGUGGGCCCGAGGAAAGGUCACCAAGAACUGGGUCAUGCAUACCACCGACGUGCUGGGAAGCAAUUCAAAUCAAGAUUUACUCGUCCUCUAUCAUUACAAGCCGAAUGAGCAGAAACAGGUCAUGACGGACGGCCGAGACAAACCAUUUAAGACCGAUCCUAACACCCUUAGCCUGGUCAGAACGUAUGCAGAUGUGAUUAUGAUGACUGCAACAGUCUUUGACUACUUGAGGACCUUCAAGGCUCAAUGGCAGGGCCCCAGUCAAGACAUUGAAAAGAUAUCAGCCGAGUUCGACCACGAAUACACGGUUGCAGUAAACGGUGGGAACAAGCCUGGGGGGACUCCAAUUGGCAUGCCCCCCAAACCGAAAGGCGUCAAGCACUGGGGGCUGCGCACGCUAUGGUGCUACUUCAUCGACAACCAUCUGUCCCUGGAGGAAGAGCAGUGGAAUAUCUGGCACAAGUCCAAAAAGUCCAAGAUGGAGAAGAGCCCCGAGCAGGCCGCAAAGGACUUCGCCGCACAAACCAUGACGAAUGGGGAUGCGAAAUUGGCAAACUUCAAGUUCCCCCAGCCCAACCCCAAGAACGCAAUUCCAGGGACUGGGGGUGGCUUGAAUGCGCAGAGUCGGUUUGGGAUGUGGGGGGACAACGGGCUGGGCAGGAUAGGGCUGUAG